GACCGUACAGCCAGCCAAUCAGGAGGGCGAGAGCAUCCCGCCUUUGCUCUCGUACGCUGAGGCUGGUAUCCGUCGGAACUUGGCUAGCCAGCAGCGCCGCUAAUAUCUGGCAGGAAGCGGUGGUUUAAAGGACGUGGCGGGAACCUGGUGUUGGCCGAAUUCGUCACUCUCACGGCCGCUUGGAGCUGAUCCAUCUUUUGGGGAGUUCAUAAUGACCAGUCAAGCCAUUUGAACAAUGAAAAUAUUAUCCUGGUCUCCUAGGACAGUAAAAUCAUGCCAAUGUGAACAGUGGCUAGGUUGGAAGGACAAGGAAGUUGAGGUCAUUGGCAAGGGAGUGGUUGAAGUGAUGAAUCAUGAAGCCUAAAAUGGAUGGGGGGGGGGGGCUGGCCCAGUGGCAUAGCGGAUUUUUCACCAUCAAAAUUAACAUUGCAAAAUAAGCCAACAUGUCUGUCGAUCCAAUGACCUAUGAGGCCCAGUUCUUUGGCUUCACGCCACAAACUUGCAUGCUUAGGAUCUACAUUGCAUUUCAAGACUACCUGUUUGAAGUGAUGCAGGCUGUUGAACAGGUUAUUCUGAAGAAGUUGGAUGGCAUCCCAGACUGUGAGAUUAGCCCAGUCCAGAUUCGUAAAUGCACAGAGAAGUUUCUUUGCUUCAUGAAAGGGCGUUUUGAUACCCUUUUCGGCAAAAUGGAGCAGCUGUUUUUACAGUUAAUUUUACGCAUUCCCCCAAACAUCUUGCUUCCGGAAGAUAAAUCUCAGGAGAUGCAUCCUUGUAGUGAGGAAGAAUUCCAGCUUCUCCAAAAAGAAAUUGAACAGUUACAGGAGAAGUAUAAGACUGAAUUAUGCACUAAGCAGGCCCUUCUUGCAGAGUUAGAAGAGCAGAAAAUUGUUCAGGCCAAACUGAAACAGACACUGGCUUUGUUUGAUGAGCUUGAAAAUGUUGGCAGAGAUCAUGGGACUAGUGAUUUUAGAGAGAGCUUGGUAUUCCUGGUCCAGAACUCCAGAAAACUACAGAAUAUUAGAGACAAUGUGGAACAGGAAAGCAAAAGACUGAAAGUAUCUUAAUUUCUAGGUAGUAAAAGGGGGUCUAUCAGAAAGAAUGGUCAGGGAUUUACGUCAAUGACUAUUCUUAUUCUAGGAAACUGUAUAUUUUAUUGGAUUUUCCUCGUUCACUCUUUCAUGUAUUCCACGCCUUCUCUUUCUCUGUCCCCUCUCCUGAGGGAUCUAUCUACUACCCUCAACUAAUCUUUGAAGCAUCUGUUCUUAGAGGCCCCUAAUAGAUGGGAAGGGAUUCUUGACUCAGUAAUGACUGAUUUGGGGGCAUAAUUGAAGUAGUUAAGCCUCCCCUGGCCGAAGAUAUCCGUAAAGUUGUACCUUGGUCAUGAGUCCUUUGUAACCUCGGUCCUUUUGACUUAUUCUUUGGAUGAGACAAAUGAGGAAAAGGUUAAAUGGGUGGCUUCUUGGUUAACCAGCUGCUACCCUGUGGGACAGCCAGCAGAGUGCCUGCCCUUGCCCAGUAACUUUUCUACACGAGGAAGUGGAUAACUAGUUGAAAGAAGCAAGUAGCAGAAAAGACAACCAUGAUCUUUAGUAAAGAAGAAAGAAGUUUUUGUUUCUAAAAUAAAUCCUUUCCACGACCAAGGCCUCGGUGAUGGUAAGCAGUUUGCUAUGUUGAGGUCCAGCAGUAGAGGACCUGGGACAAAAAAGAAGCAGAUGUCACUGGAGCAGAAAAGGAAGAAGCCUGGAACAUACCCAAGGCGAAGUUUAUAUUAACUGAUUGUUAGGUAUUUGUAGCAAUUUUUUUUUUCAUGCUUCAGUUAGUUUUGGAAUCUGCGUUGUAACUAAUAUUUAAUUAACUUAUUUAUUCACACUCAUAAGCAUCAAAUAUUUGGUACCCUCACUGGGAAAUUUUAGCUGUGUCUUGUGCUUAAAUUCAAUGGAGUCUGAUAUUUCCUUUUGUAAUCAGUCCAUGUAAAGAGUUAGACCACCCAAGGAAAGGGGAGAAAUAGCAAUUGAUGCUCCUAAGGUAUAGCUUUCCCGUAUGUCUUCCUAAAGAACAGGACUCGGAGUUUCUCCUUUAUGUAGAGGAGUAACUUAGGGUAUUACUGUUUGCAAUUAAAUAUUUAAAGACACAGGAAGCCUGUGUUUACCUGGAAUAUGUUUAUUAUCAAAGAGUCUUUUUUUCCAAUCUUGUACAUUAAAUACAUUUGUUUCAAAAGCUUUGGUUUUUGAUUUUCUACUGUCUGUAGUGUCAUGGUGUGUUUCCUCCCUCAGUAUGACUUUUUACCCAAAUGAAAAUUUUCUAUUUUUUUUUUACAUUUGUAGCUUAUUUAAAAUAUCUGAAUAUAGUGAGUUGAAAGGUGAUCCCCCAAAAGUAUUCCAUGUCUUGAUUCCUGGAACCUGUGAUUGUGCCUUAUUUGGAAAAGGGGUCUUUGCAGGUGUAAUGAAGUUAAGGAUCUGGAGAUAAGGAGAUCAUCCUGAAGUAUCCAGGUGGGCCCUCAAUCCAGUGACAAGUGUCUUUAUGAGAAAGGCGGAGGGAGAUUUGACACAGAAGAGGAGGAGGCAUUGGGACCACAGAGGCAGAUUGAAGCGAUGCAGCCACAAGUCAAGGAAUGCCGAGAGCCACCACAAACUGGAAGAGGCGAAGAACAGCUUCUCCCCCAGGGCCUCCGGAGGGAGUGUGGCCCUGCUGACACCUUUAUUUGAAGUUCCAGCCUCCAGAACUGUGAGAAUACAUAUCUGUUGUUUUAAGUUGCUAAGUUUGUUAUGGUAUCCACAGGAAACUAAUAUACCUGGUGAAAUUAGAAUAUUAAGAUAUUCAUAAGGAUCUAGGCUGCUUAUUAAGGAAACAACAGCUGAGACCUAGUUGGCCUCAUUAUACAAGCAAUAAUAUGGUUUGAAUACAGUUAAAAUAUGGACAUGACCUGGGUAGAAGGGUGAAAUCCAGUGUCUAGAACUCAGGAGUCCAUUUCAUGUUGAAUAAGUGCUCAAUAAUUGUUGGAUAUUAAUACUGUUAAUAUUUGUCAUAGUAGUGUCUCUGCAGGAACAAAUUAAUCUACCUGGCCUCAUUCUCCUUUAAUAAUUAAAUUGCUCCCUCAAAAAUUCAGAAAUAAAUCAGGAUAAUAAACACUUGGUUACCCACUCUGCUUCAUUGCCCUAUCUUCCAUCCAGCAUCAGUCUCACCCCAUUUCCUACUUCCCUCUACAUUGGAUCCUAUGAUUUUGUAAUAUCAAACCUUCAAUUUCCCUAGUUGCCUACUCCCAAGCUUUCUGUUGUAUGUAUCUAUUUAUUUUCCCUUACUGUCAUGCCCGUUCCCCACUAUGUACCCCCAAAUAAACUUUUCUCAUACUGCUGCUGCAAGUGUCAGGCAGCCACGUAGGGACACAGUUUGGUGUGGUAUUAUUAGAAAGUAAAGAGUGGAUACUACCAACUUUUCAGAAAUAAAAAGAAUUAUCAGGAAAUAUUAAGAGAUUAUGUACUCGAUUCUGAUGUGGGAGGGGUUCUACCCACACCACCAAGUAAUUCUCGGACACUGACUGGGUAUCCUACAAUUCAACUCAAUUCUGACACUACCUGGAGAUAGCAUCAGAUUCCACAGGUUAAGGGCUCAGU